AUGCUUAUCACUCGAGACGAAGCACCGAUUGAGUGUACGAAAGUAACUCCUGAAUGUCCUAUCUCUGGUACUAUCUCUGGAUAUGCCCCCAACUUCGCCGCAAGCAUCGCAUUUUGUGUUAUCUUUGGAAUUCUUGGUCUGGUCCAGCUUGUCCAGAUGCUCAAAUGGCGCAUGUGGUCUUUCGGUAUUCCUAUGGUUCUAGGAGCCGUCUCAGAGGUUAUCGGGUACGUUGGCCGACUUAUGCUGCACAGUAACGCAUACUCCGACGUCGGGUUUAAAACACAGAUUUGCACCCUGAUAAUUGCACCUGCCUUCUGGUCGGCCGCUAUCUACUUGACGUUAAAGCAUGUAGUCAUUCUUUUUGGACGCAAGUACUCGAUGCUCAGAGCGGCAUGGUAUCCUUACAUAUUCGUCUCUUGUGAUAUACUAUCGCUCGUUCUUCAAGGAGCUGGUGGUGCUCUUGCAGCUACAGCCACCACUUCCGACGAAUCUUCCCUUGGAGGUAAUAUCAUGUUGGCUGGAAUUGUCUGGCAGGUGGUUACUCUGACAGUGUUUGGGCUACUGUGGGCACAAUACUUUUGGCGCGUCAAGAAGGCACAAGGGCAUCAUUUGUCGGUGGAGGCUGAGAAUGUUUGGGCGUGCAAGAAUUUCUGGAUCUUUUUUGGUGGCAUUGGAGUGGCAUUUUUGACAACCUAUGCACGAUGUGUCUACCGUAUCGCGGAAAUGGCCGGUGGAUGGCAGAAUCCUAUUAUGCAAGAUGAACUCACCUUCAUCAUCUUUGAAUCUGUGUACGCUUGA